AUGCCUGCCCAUUCAGACACAAAGACCGUCGCGGUCGUGACGGGCUGCAGCAGUGGCAUCGGGCAGGGCCUCGCCGAGGUCCUCGCCGCCCGGGGCCUCACAGUCCUCGCCACAGCCCGCAAGGUCAAGUCCCUCGCCCACCUCACAAAAAAGCACGACAACAUCAUCGCCCUGCCCCUCGAGUUGGGCGACCUGGACAGCCUCACGAGCUUUCGUGAUGCCAGGACUGGCGGGCGUGUGGACGUCCUCAUCAACAACGCAGGCACGCACUAUGCCGCUACCGCAGCAGAUCUCGAAAUCGCCGAGGCCGAGAAGCUCUUCACCAUUAAUGUCUUCGCAGUGAUGCGCCUCUGCCAGCUCUUCCUCCCUAUGCUCCGCGAGUCUGCCAAGGAAGGCCGUGGCGGACGCAUAGUCCAAAUCGGCAGCGUCACGCGCGACGUCCCCGUCGUCUGGCAGUCCGUCUACAACGCGUCCAAGGCGGCCCUCAGCCAGUACACUAACACACUGCGGCUCGAGGUCAAGCCGUUCGGCGUUAGCGUUACUGAGGUGAUCACAGGCUACGUGCAGAGCAACAUCCUCCACCACGGCCUCGUCGACACGGAGCGCAUGACGUACGAGGGAAACAGGACUGGGAUGCCCUCGCGCCUGUAUGCCGAGUCGGUGGUGGACAAGAUAUUGCGGCCCGAGCCGAGCAGUGAGAUCUGGGAAGGGAAGCUCGCGUGGGUGCUUGGCUUCCUUGUCAACUUCUGCCCGUCCUGGUUCUCGCGCUGGGUUUUCUAUCGUAGUUUCAAACUUGACAAGCUCAAGGCAUUGAGACCAUGACUGUAACCUGGUGGAAUAUUCGCCAGAGAAUCUCUGAGUGCAGGCAAUAUUCUACCCCGGGGCUUUGACUUGGCUCUGAGAGUGUUUGCAACUGUACGCUGCUCUGCAUCCACAAUUUGUCCUCAGUGUCGCAGAUGCGGAAGGACUCCCUCCGAAUCACCAGAGGCAAAUGCCAGGUCAAAAAGGGCAUCAUACCCACACUUCGGAAGGGGUCUUUUAGAGGGGCAAUUGAUAGGGGGGCAUGACGAAUUGAUACGCGGG